UGAAAGAAAAUGUCAAAUUGUCAAACUAAGAUGUUUAUUUUCGUUCACAAAAAGUUAGUCUAAAUCUUAGCUUAAAUGGCUUACGCGUACUAUCCUAUACUUUUAAAAUUACGAGUUCGACGGUUCAAUUAAUUAGAUGCCAUAGCAAUGUCCUCCGGAGACGCGGGGGUCCAGCAGGACCCGGCCCAUAUUGCGGAUGUCGACGUCGACGAAACCACUAAAGGAGAUGGUUCUGAACGCGAUCUGGCGACUGAUUCUGGACUGGAGGCUAACUCCUCAGGAUUGACAGGGGAUGUGACUUCUUUUGAGUCAGCUGUAUCAGCCAGGGAGCUAAAAAAUAAUGACGAAAAAGGCGAGACAAAAGUGGUGGUGGAUGUCACUGACACCGGAGUGUCGUCUCCUAUUUCGUCCUCUGGCGCUAGCUCUCCUGGUGCUAAUACGUCUGACAACGUCUCCAACUUUGAAGAGCUCUCAGCCAGCCAGCAUGAUAAUUUAAAUAACUCAGAAAAGCUAACAGCUCACAAAUCAGUAACGUCACAUAACGAGGAUAAUUUAGAUGCUCAAAUUACCAUGGAUAACAAUACAAACGGCGCUUCUAAUGAUUCUUUAAACAAUCAAAAUCUUGACACAAAUAAGAACUUAGCGACAUCAACAGUAAGUUUGAAUGACACAAUAGAAACAAAUGUAACAAUAAACAAGUCACCAUACAGUCGGAGCGCAGAAAACAUAUCAGUGGACAUUAAAAUGGACCAAAGUGUAGAUAAGGAUGCAGUAUUGUCCCAAUUCACAAGCCAGAAGAAUAAAGUUACCGCUACACAGGCAAUCCCAGACCCAAACGCUAAUACAAAUCUAGAUGUACGAUACACACGGUUACCUAAAGAACUACUGUCGCAAGACCUUGGCAGUAUCGUUAAGAAUGUCCACGGGAUCUUCUCAUCUGUAAGCGGCAGUUUGAAGAAUGCAUACACACACAGAGCUGGCCAUAUACCGUAUAUGAAAACUGUUAAACCAAUGCCAAACGGGAAAGUAAUGAAUGAUAUAUUUGAAGAUGAACAACAUGAUGAGAAGAUUACGAAUGGGAUAGAGAACACCAAAGCGGAGAUUUCUAAUGAGACUGAGAUGAUAAAUACGAAUUUAGAGGAGGAUGUAAAGGGAGAUGUGUUACGGCUACAGAUAGAGUCAUUGGAACGAGUGUUGGCGGAGCAGAGGAAAGAGAACACGGCACUGAGGGAGACGGUGAAGCAGCAGGCGGACAAGCUCACGGAGAGAGACCAGACUUUUAGAGAGUUGGAGACUAAAAUGGAUUUGAUGUCAAAGCGCGUAGAGCAUGCAGAGCGCGAAAAGGACGCAGCCGUGAUGCGCUACGCGAGCGUGGAGCGAGCCGCCAUCGAGGCCCGCAAGCUGGCGGAGCAGGGGGCGGUGAAGGAGCGCGCGGCCACCGCGGAGGCCGAGCUGGCGGCCGGGAAGCUGAAGGCCGCCAGGGAGGAUAAACUACGUGUCUGCCAGAUGUAUGAUGACAAGUGCCACGAGCUGGCGAACAGCGAACGCGAGCUGGCGAAGGUUCGAGAGGAGGUGAAGGAACUGGAGGGGAGGCUCAAGUGGACGCAGAGCAAGCUUCGCAUGGAGAUGGACGCCUACAAGGACAGCGCAGAGCGUGCGGAGAAGCUCGCGGCGCAGGUGGCGGAGCUGGAGGCGGCCCAGGAGGCGGCCGCCGCCGGCGCCUGCGACUCGCACGCCGCUAGACAGAUGGAGACCGAGUUGAAGGAAAGCAUGGCAGCUCUGAUCCUGUGUCGUCACGAGCGCGAGUCGCUGGAGCGGCGUCUCGCUCACACCACCCAACAACUCGACAGCACCGUGAAGGAGCGAGAUGCGGCUGUCGCCAGUAAUACCAGUAACUUGGCUGAGAUCGAGAGGCUGAAAGCUCAUAACGCGCGGCUAGAAGAGGAGGCGGCGGAGCUAGCGGCUCUAAGGGCGCAAGCCGCACUCGCCGAUACGCUCAGUGCACAACUCCACAGGGAAACGGAACGAGCAGCCGCCGCGGAAGAAGCCCUAGGCCGCGAGCGAGCGCGGGCAGAGACGUGCGCGCGACGCGAGGCAGCCGCGCUAGAACAUGCGGCCAGACUGACGGCGCAACAUGUUGCCAUACAGCAGCAGAGACAACACACCGACGAUCAGGCCUCUGCAUUAAGUGCAGAUAACUCUGCACUUCGCGAACGCAUCUCAGAGCUUGAAGUAGAAGUGGGUAAACUGCAGACUUCGCUCGCAGAGGAGGUGGAAAGGAGACACAAGGAGAGCCGGGUGCUCGCGAGAAAGGUGGCGGAGUUACAAGAGGAGGCGGCGGAGGCGGCCAAACAGCUCGAGUGGGAGAAGGGCGAGAACGGCGUGCUCAAGAAGAAACACGCCAGCCAGGUCAAGGAGCUGAACCGCGAAUUGGCGCGCGCGCUGAAACGCGUGGAGGCGUUAGAAGCCAAGCAGCCUCCCACGCAGCCCUCCACACGCACAGGUUCGGUGACGUCGCUCAGCAGCGGCGAGAGCGCGACGCACGAGGACAGCGGCCGAGUCGACGGGCACGACGAGGGGACGCUGCCGGACGUACAGGUGCGAGAACCAGACCGGCAAGCGCUGGUAGAACGUAUAGUAUCUCUACAGCGAGCGGCGGCGAGGCGCGCCGAGCGCUGCGAGUUCCUCGAGGAGCACGCGAGGCAACUGACGGACGAGCUGCGGGGGAAGUCUCGUCUUCUCCGGCAUCUGUUGCCCAACCUGCCGGCGCAGGCGCUCGCCUCCACCGCCAGCGACUCCAACAAGAAAGAGAUAGCGAAGUUCGGCGGCGGCGCCAUGGCGGCGCUGUGGGGCGGCGACCCCGGCGGGCUGUCGCUGGAACUGUCUCUGGAGAUGAACAAACGGCUGCAGAGCGUGCUGGAAGACACACUACUGAAGAACAUCACACUCAAGGUAACAAUACAAUCAGAAAGAGAUAGCGAAGUUCGGCGGCGGCGCCAUGGCGGCGCUGUGGGGCGGCGACCCCGGCGGGCUGUCGCUGGAACUGUCUCUGGAGAUGAACAAACGACUGCAGAGCGUGCUGGAAGACACACUACUGAAGAACAUCACACUCAAGGUAACAAUACAAUCAGAAAGAGAUAG